AGCGAUGCUUAGGCACCGGGAAUCGCAGUUUCCGGGACUCGGUGAAAUGGCGGAGGCGGUGGCUCUGGUGUGGGUUCGCGGUCCCGGCUUCGGCUGCCGGGCGGUGCGGGCUUCCUUGGCCCCCUGCUCCGUCCAAGAUUUUAUCCACCGCCAUUUCCAAGAUCAGGAUGUCCCCGCAGAAUGCUUCUUUGUGAAGUGCAACGGACUGCUCGUCGACGCCGGUGACGCAGUGCAGCAUGGGGCUGUGUACAGUCUGGAGCCCAGGCUUCGCGGUGGGAAAGGAGGUUUCGGGUCUAUGCUCAGAGCGCUCGGUGCUCAGAUUGAGAAGACAACCAAUCGAGAAGCUUGCCGGGAUCUCAGUGGAAGGAGACUACGAGAUGUCAAUCAUGAAAAAGCAAUGGCCGAAUGGGUAAAACAACAAGCGGAGCGAGAAGCUGAAAAGGAGCAGAAGCGCCUGGAGCGGCUGCAGCGGAAGCUCGCAGAGCCCAGGUGCUGCUUCGCCAGCCCCAGCUACCUGCAGCAGUGCCACGAGCUGGCCGAGCGUCUGGAGGACUCCGUCCUCAGAGGUAUGCAGGCUGCCUCCAGCAAGGUGGUGUCGGUAGAACUCGGCGAGACUCGGAAACGGCCCAGCAUAGCAAAAGCAGAUGGAGGGACCAGUGCAGCGAAGAGGAGGUGCUUCUGGUUGGGCACGGACGGCCUGGAGGCGGCGGAGGGGUCCGGCUCUGAAAGCUCGGACGAUGACAGUGAAGAAGCACCCGGAACUUCAGGAACGAGCUUCCCUGUUCCAAACAGUGGCAGUGGUGGCGCUGCGAUGGCCGCCGAGUUUCCCGGUAGUUCUCAGAAGGUGAGAGUGUUCAGUGCAGACUGUAGCUCACCAGAGAAACCGCAGAGCCGUGUGGCCGGCCAGCGGGAUGGAACUGCAGGAGGCGCGUGCGCUCAGCCGGGAGAGGCAGCUGCCGAGCAGCCCGCGGAAGGGAAGGUGGAGACACACACAGAAAAAACCCAGGAGGAAAUGGAGGCGGAGAGCAGAGGACCUGUGGGUGAGGAAGCAGCUGGGACUGGACUGAAUGAAGAGGGAGAGACAAAAGAAAUAGCCCAGGGGGAACGAGCUGCCCAGACAGCGCCCGGAGAAGAGAGGGGAGACGCGCGCCCUGCCAAACUGGAGGAAAGCCAGUCAGGAAGCACGGCUGUUGAUCAAGAAUCUCUAGAUUUGCUGGCCUUCACCUCUGCUGCAGAAAUGGAGAUGCUGGGUCUGGAGAAGCUCAAGUGCGCGCUGGCGGCCCUGGGGCUGAAGUGUGGGGGGACCCUCCGGGAGCGGGCGGCGCGGCUCUUCUCGGUCAGGGGCCUGGCCAGGGAGCAGAUCGACCCGGCCCUGUUUGCCAAGCCUUCCAAAGGGAAGAGGAAAUGAAUUCCGUCCAAGCUCAUUUCCUAGUUCUUUCCAGUCUGGCAUUCACGACCUGCAUAAUUUGGCUCUCGGCCAUUAUUCCUGUUGAUACUCAAGCUGAUCUUUUUACUUUUUUUUGGAGAAUUUUUAUGAGUUUGAGUCAAACUGGAGACACAGGCCAGGGAGCAAGAUCUCAAAUGCUCCCAGAGUUGACUUUUUACUAACCCAGUUCCAAGUGUCCUCUUUCCCCAUUAUUACAUUUAUGGGAUUGAUGUGUGAGAUCACCUGGGCCUGACGUUUUUUGUGGGAAAGUUUUUUAAUAACAAGCUUAACUUAAUAAACGUAAAGCUGUCAAGA